AUGGAUAUGGAUGCCCAUUCUUCUCAUACUAAUAUAAUUACAGUACCAGCUUAUGAAAAUAAUGGUAAACGCAUAACAAGAAAUAUAAGGAAAUCAGCUCAAAAAAAGGAGUCAUCUGAUUCAUCUUCUAUUCAGAAUUUUUACUUUACAGAUUUCAAAUUUAAGGAUUUGUUAAGCCAAGGACGAAGUGGAAAGACACUUCUAUGUGAAUUUCGCAACAAUACAAUUGCCUUAAAAUGUGCCGAUCUGUGGAAAUCCCCAUCAUAUAUCUUGAAAGAAAUGCAGAACGAGGUCAAGAUAUAUCAACAACUUAGUGACCUUCAAGGGAUAUAUAUUCCAAACUUAGAGUGUUAUGGCUACUUUGAAAAUGGUAUGUGUUAUGUUAUCGGUACAACUCUUGUUGGUAAACCUUUAAGUUUUUAUAAAUAUAUUACAAAAGGGCAAAAGGUUAAGGGUAUGCUUGCGCUAAAUGCAAUUCAUGAUAGAGGUGUUCUUCACAAUGAUAUUCGUGCAGAUAAUAUAUUGCUCGAUAAUCGUAAUAAUGACGUUUACUUAAUUGAUUUUGGGAUGUCAAAUACUGAUUAUGAUAUUAUGGAAGAUGGCGUAUUUAAUGAAGAGAAAUUUAAAUUGGAUUGCUUGCUUACUCAUUAUACUUUGUAG